AUACGUGGCACACUAGGGGAUCUCUUUCUGACCUUACUUUUUAGAAUUCACCUCGACAACACUCGCCGAUGGUACCUCUUCUUUCAAGCAUGGACACGUUACGGCGAGAACCUGCUUGGAAAAGCUUGCUAUUUGGACUGAUCCUUUAUGUGUUCGUCCUUGGACUUACGGAUGCCAAGAAGGCCAAACUGCAGGACAUCAUGGCUGUUGAAGACAUGAAGGAAUUCAAGAAAAUACUCCGCACACGCAAUAAUGUGCUAGUAAUGUUUUCAAAAACAGCCAAUGAUGCCAGCUCAUGGAUGAAUGUGUAUGGGGAAGUGGCGAGUGAAAUGAAAGGCUUGGCAACGCUGCUCACAGUGGACUGCAGUGACGCUAAAAAGCUCUGCAAGAAGUUGAAAGUCUCUCCCAGCAACUUAGUUUUAAAACAUUACCAGGAUGGUGAAUUCAACAAAGAUUACGACAGAAGGAAAAAUAAAAAGUCGCUGUCAUAUUUUCUCACCAACCCAUCCGGUGAGGCACCGUGGGAAGAGGACGCCUCGUCAUCCGAUGUGAAACACAUUAUGUCUGGAAAGGAUCUGGGAAAGCUGUUAUCGAAGGAGAAGAAACCAAUCCUGGUCAUGUUUUAUGCACCAUGGUGUGGCCAUUGCAAAAAGAUGAAGCCAGAAUUUGCCGGUGCAGCAACAGAAUUAAAAAAGUCAGCGGUUUUAGCCGGUCUUGAUGUCGAUCUACCCACAAACUACGAAGUCCGAAAUGCUUUCAAUAUCACUGGAUUCCCAACAAUUUUAUAUUUUGAGGAAGGGCAGAGGAAAUACGACUUUGGAGGUGAGAGGGACAAGAACGGCAUCGUUGAAUGGAUGAAGAACCCUCAGCCACCCAAGGAGCCUGAGCAGGAGUCCCAGUGGAGUGAUGAGGAAUCGGAGGUUAUUCAUCUACUAGACGAUAGCUUCGAUAGCUACAUCGAGAGCCAUGAGUCUGUCCUGGUCAUGUUCUAUGCACCAUGGUGUGGUCACUGUAAGAAGAUGAAGCCAGAGUACACAGUUGCUGCUCAAGAAUUAAAAGAUGAAGGGAAAGAAGGAGUGCUUGCAGCGGUGGAUGCCACGCUCGCCAAAGACUUGGCUAAACGUUUUGAAAUCAAGGGCUUCCCUACCCUCAAGUACUUCAGUAAUGGCGAGUUUGCUUGGGAUUUGAAUGAAAGAACCGGUGAAAAAAUCAAGGAGUUUAUGCAAGAUCCAUCUCAACCACCUCCUCCACCACCCCCUGAGCCUAAAUGGAGUGACGAGGAGUCCAACGUUCUCCAUCUCAACGGAGAUAACUUCAAGUCAGUCACCAAGAAGAAGAAGCACAGUCUUGUCAUGUUCUACGCUCCAUGGUGUGGUCACUGCAAGAAGGCCAAACCUGAGUUCAGCGCCGCUGCUGAGCAGCUGAAAGAUGAAGUCAAAGUAGCGUAUGUUGCCGUGGAUUGCACAGAGGAAACAAGCAAGGACAUGUGUCAAUCGUUUGGCGUGAGCGGCUACCCAACAAUAAAGUACUUUAUGUAUGGCAAGGAUCCGACUCAGUAUAACGGUGGACGAGAAGAGAUUGACUUUGUCCGUUUCAUGAUGCUCCUGGUGAACCCAGACGCAGCCCCCGCUAUCCCGGAGCCACCCGUGGUAGACUUCUGGUCGGAGCUUGACGGAGGAGAGAAUGUCGUCCAACUCUCGGACGCCACAUUCGAUGACGUCAUUCAGAAUGAGGAGUCGGCCCUGGUGAUGUUCUUUGCUCCUUGGUGUGGUCAUUGUAAGAAGAUGAAGCCAGCCUACUCAGAGGCGGCAACAGUUCUAAAGGAAGGAGGGAGUUCCGGAGUGAUUGCAGCAGUAGAUGCCACUGUUCACAAAGCAACUGCUGCCAAGUAUGACAUCAGGGGAUAUCCAAUGUUAAAGUACUUUAAAAAUGGAGUUGCCCGUGACUACGUGGCAGGCCGUUCAACAGAUGAGCUGGUGCAGUUCAUGCAAAAUCCGGAAGCCGCAGCGACCCCCGCCCCACCAGCUGAAGAGUUACAUUGGAGUGACACACCGAGCGAGGUCAACCACCUGACGCAGGAAACCUUUAAGACAUUCACAGCAACCAACAAGCAUGUACUGACCAUGUUCUACGCACCGUGGUGCGGCCACUGCAAGCUCGCCAAGCCGGCCUUCCAGGAGACAGCCGCAGCCAUCAAGGAGGAGGAAGGAAUGAAAUUGGCCGCUGUUGACUGCACAAUCGAAAGAGAUAUUUGCAGAGAGAACGAAGUCAAGGGAUUCCCAACUUUCAUAAUAUUUUCAGACGGGAUCACCCAGGAAUACAAAGGUGGCCGAACGAAAGGCGAAUUUUAUUCCUUUAUGCAAGGUCUUAAGACCCUGAACAGCGACCAGGCUAAAGAAGAACUCUGAUGAAGGUCGUUGAACCCCUUUUAGGUGAAAUUAGCCGGGCAUAAAGUCAUUCAAUCUAAAAAUCAGGAUGAUACUUUUUUUUUUUUUCCAAACCAAAGUUUUAUUGCUAUUGUAAGGAGUAAUCUAAAGCAUUUUACUUCAUAAUAUAGAGAAAAAUAAAUUCAUAAAACAAAACAAAACAAAACAAAAGUGGAAUAAUUCUCAGGAUUUGAACUAACAGUGCCAAUAUAUCAAUGAGCCUGUGCACUAGUUCCAUAUAUUGAAAACUAUGCCUCCCUUUUUUGUAACUUCUCUGCUAAGUAGGCUUUUUAUACCAGUGUGUUUAGAUACAGCCGAAUACCGCAUGAUUUUGUUCAGGUUUUGGUGUUAUUUUUAUUAUUUUAUUUAGGUGUUCUGGCAAUAAAUUUGGUUGAGUAUCAGAUGACAUCAAAGGAAACAAAAUGGAAGUUACAGUCAAAAGGAAGUGUAGUUAGCACAAUUUAGAAGGCAUGUGUUUUCCCCUAAGGACUAAUAUUAUUCCACUGCCUUUAACAGCCAAAUAUACCUUUCAGUUUUAUAAUAAGGAACCAAAUAAUAUACACAAAUUAUUAUGAUCUGGCUUGUUAUGUUGAUGCUGACUCUUUGAUGGGACUCAAAGUUCCAUAGGUUUGUGUGUUCCCAAAUAGUUUAUGUGUGUUUUGUCACAAACACAAAAACAUUUUUUGUUCUGUUAUUAUUAUUAUUAUUUAAUUAUCUACUGCCCCCCCCCCACUCCCCGUACAAUUAUAUACGUUUUUUGGAGGGAAUCAUUUUAUAGGAAACUUUUUCACUGUCAUUCAAUUUAUGAUAAUUAACAGAUCUAUUUUUCAGAUCUGUGUUGUAAACAGUUGUUUUGUUCUUUCAGAAGGCAUUCAUUUGAGUUCAUUUUGUUUGUUUGUUUUUGACUAUUAUACUGUGUAGUGUAAUGUUAUUUUCCCAUUCUGUAUUUGAAUGUGUAUAUUGUUUCAUUUGAAGGUUAUGGCAUAUUCGGGUGAUUUUAUUUUGUGUGCAUGCUUAGGGAAUACCUUUUUAAAAUAUGUCUUCCUUUUUGACUGAUCUGCACUGUUGCUUGUGCACAAUUGUAGAUGCUCCAUGUUAAACCCAGGCACUCCCUGCCAAAACUCAAAACUGGGUUUAUUCACUCAUCAAUAAGAUAAGUAUAGGAGGUUUCAAAUACGCAAAAUUAGGAAAGAUAAUGGAACAUCCUGAAUGCUUUAAAGAUAUCACAUCAGGUGUUCGAUUGACUUCACUUUUCUCUUUUUUCUGGGAAGUGCUUGAGUUUGACUUGAUGUAUCAUAUAUGUCAGAAGAAAUAUUAACCUCAUAUUGGUAUCUACCAAACAAGGUACUCAAGGCGCUGAGUAUAUACAAACUUUCAGAAAGAUAGGUAAUUGCAGUGAUGAGUU